CUUUCCAUAUGCGUUCUGACCAUUUUUAAGUCUCCUAUAAGUAUAGCUAUCCAUAAUCCAUCUCAAACACAUCUAAAACUCCCUUCAAAAAUCUCUAUCCUAGGCUUGUUCCAUUUGCUAACCAUCACCAACCGAAAUGAACACCACCAACCAAGAAUCAAAGCCUCAAUACCCUUCCAUUUCUUCCCCCGCACCCCAUGAAACCAACCCCCUUUUACAACCUCUAUACCCCUCAGUUUCUUCCCCUUCACUGAAAGAAACGAACCCAUUUCAUAACCAAACACCCAUGACUACUCCAUCAUCAUCAUCCUCAUCACACCCGAAAACCCAAGAAGAACAAGUUGCAGCAUCAAGCUCAGAUCCUCCUCCACCAGCAAGCCAUGAAAAUGCAGAGAAAUUGGGGACCCACAUAAUGGGACAUCCAGCAAUCCCCACAUGCCAUCCGGACAACAAAAAGGCUGCCUUUUGGGGAGCCACAGGAGAUGAAGCCCAUGCCUUUCACUACCCCUAUCUCCAGUACUCUCCAGUUGAAAAGUCUUCCAACUCCAACAGCCCAUUGGAAUCCAUUCUCCACGUUUUCAAUUCAUGGAGCAACAAGGCCGAAUCAAUGGCCAAUAACAUCUGGCAUAACUUGAAAACAGGGUCCUCUGUAUCAGGAGCAGCUUGGGGUAAAGUGAACUUGGGAGCCAAAGCCAUAAGUGGAGGUGGUUUUGAGUCUCUGUACAAACAGAGCUUCGCAACCUUUCCAAACGAGAAUCUGAAGAAGACUUUCGCCUGCUACCUUUCAACUUCAACAGGACCAGUUGCUGGAACACUCUAUCUCUCCAAUAUUCAUGUUGCUUUCUGCAGUGAUCGCCCUUUGUCAUUCAGCGCACCUUCUGGGCAGCAAACAUGGAGCUAUUACAAGGUGAUUAUACCAUUGGGAAACGUUGGCACUGUGAAUCCGGUGGUGAUGAGAGAAAACCAAUCGGAGAAGUACAUCCAGAUUGUGACAAUCGACGGCCAUGAUUUCUGGUUCAUGGGUUUUGUAAACUAUGACAAAGCUUCUAGGCAUUUGACUGAAAGUAUAUCCUUCUCCUCCUCCUCCUCAUCAACUAGUACUCCUAAUUUUGUGGCUUCGGUAAUUGCCGUCCAACCUGUGGUUCAUGAAAAGCUCAAGGACUAAUGACAUUAUUAUAUGGCAUGUUGGCUCAAUCCACUUCCUGUUUGAAUUUUAUUCAAGGAAUUUUUAGUUAAUUGAGCUUUCUCUCUGAUACCGUACGUCUUUUUUUUUUUUUUUUUUUUCCCCCCCUCACUGUGUACACCAAAUAAUCAGCGGAUGAUUCAAUCCAUUUAUUUGAUUGUAAGUUUUUGACUUUUUUCUUCUUCUUGUUUUGUUUUGUUUAUUAUUUUAGGGGACUCGGUUUGUGUUAUCUGUUUUUUGACUUUAACAUUUGCCGAACAAAUUACAUAUAGGUGAGAGUUGGUGCAUAUAUAUAGUUCCAUGAACACAAAUAUACACAAAUAUACAGUCAAGUUUUGUUACCAGGAUUGAUUUGUACCAUGUUAAAAUAUUAGUAUAUAAUCCAUCUCAUUGUUGUAAAUUUAAUAUAAA